AUGUAAUUUAAUAUAUUCUAUACUACCAAUUUAGUAUAGUUUUUAUAUUCAAUUCAAAAUAAAUUUGGCUCUUUAAAUAUAGGUGAAUAAAAAAUGGUAUAUAGUGCUUGUGAAAGUUAUCAAUAUUUUAUUCAACAUCUCAAGCCAAAUUAUGUUUGUCCCUAAUUUUAUUAUUUGUCGUCACUAAACCUUAGUUUAUAUAGUAUUAAACACUUUUUAAAUAUAUAAAUUUUAUUCAUUAAAAGAAUUUCAGAACUUUUGGAAAGUUUUAAUGAAAAUCAAUUGAAAUCUAUAUAUUAUUCAAUAGGAAAAGAAGGAUUUUAUAAUAAUAAGAUAAAAGAUUUCCUACUAAGAAAGUUAGGUGAAAAUUAUGAAAUUAAAUCAGAUGAUCAAUUUAUUUCUCAAGUAAAUUUGUUUUUGUGUGUUACAAAUAUAUUAAAUUAGACAGACAUUUAAGGCUAACUAAUUACAAAAAUUCAAAAUAUUCUCAAAGUUCAAGACUAAUUUUUAGAAACUAAAUAAUAGUAUCUGGUGUCUUUUUAUUAAUAAAUUCUAAGAUGCAACAUUUAUGAUGACUUUAUUUGGAAUCACUAUUUUAAAAUUGAACCUAAAAUUUAAGAUACUUACAGAAAAAGUUUUAUUAGUUACAAUCUAAUUCAAUCUAAAUCAAAAUUAAGCAAGUCUUGCUAAACUUAUGUGGAAUAGAAUUUUGAGUCAAAUAAGCAAAUUUACUUGUAAAAACUUAUUAACAACAAAUCGAAUUCAUCUAAAAGUAUGGAGAAACGUAUUCAAUAGCUUUUUGACGACUUAAAAUUAGUUUACUAAAACAAUAUAUACAUUGAUCAAUUUGAAGUUGACUUUUAUUUUCCUAAAUACAACUUAAUUUUAGAAAUAUGUGGUCCUAUUCAUUAUGCAUUUAGAUACGGAUGCAACAGAAGGAGUUCCACUUAAAUUCAUAGAGUUCAGAAUAAGAAUUAUUUUUACAUUAAUCUUUAAAUUAGACUUCACUAUUUAAAAAAAAAUAUCUUGAGAGUUUAGGAUAUAAAGUUUAUUAUUUGAAUUUCUUUGAUUAAAGGAUCAAGAACACUUAACUUUAAAUUUUAGAGUAUCUAUCCUCAUUAAAAUGAUUUAAUAAAUGUGUGUUUUUUAUUUUAAAACUUAUAAUCAUCAUC